AUGCCUAACUCAUACCUCGGGCCUCGGGGGAGAGCCCGGGAUUAUACGGGGCUUGCACCCACUAAAACCCCUCCGGAAAAUAUCAACAACAAAACCAGUGAUAAAUCUACAAACAUUGAAGAGCAUCUUGAAGCAACAUCCUCGAUAUUCAAUGUAACACCAGUUUCAUUGGAGCACGCUCUGGCAGAAAUAGAAAUAUUACAAGAACUUCAAAAUAAAGACACGGAAAUAAUCCAAUUGCAAGAGAAAUUGGAUAAUGUCAAUAAAAUAUUUCGUACAGUUGAUAGAUCAAAUAAGACUCUUACGAAGCAUAUAAGAAAACUCAGAAGUAUGAAAACAAUACGAAUCGAAAAAAGUUUGUUACAAUCAAGAAAAUUACUUAAAAAAGUUUUCAAUGACGAUCAAAUUGAAUGGUUACAAUCACAGUGUAGCAAACGACGUGUAUACACUUGGUCUGAACAAACCAUUAAAAAAGCUCUUCGAAUAAAAUUUUCUUGUACUAAUAGUGGUUAUCAAGAGCUUAUUAAACAAAACAUUCCAUUACCAUCAACACGUAUCCUAAAACAGAGCCUUGAAGGUAUCCACUUCACUCCUGGAAUAUUAGGUGAUAUUUUUGAUGCUAUGGAAAGUAAAGUUCAACAAUUCGAAGAUCAAAGGCAACAUGAUUGCAUGAUAGGCCUGGACGAAAUGUCUCUUACUCCUGGUGAACAAUUUGAUCUUUCUACAAAUUCCAUUGUAGGAAAUUGUACUAUUCCUAAUAGUCGGGGUAAUUAUACUGUUUGUAGUAAUGUGUAG